AUGGCGAAGCGGUGUGGUUUUCGCGAGGAAAAGGGAAUGGUAACUCUGCCACUCAACUUUCCCAAAUAUAAUCCGAAAUAAAACCAACUCAUUCAGCAUCUGAUCUGGAAAGGGAAAGCACCGCGAUCCUACGCCAAAGUAUCUCAUUACAGGGAAAUGUGUCUCUUUUAAAAUAAAAAACAAAAAACAUUGUCCAGUAGCGUCAACAGGUUUACCAUACGCAAUGAGUCAAUCACCCAUCUCCUACUACCCUCCUGAGAAAAACCCCACCCCACCCUCCCACUGUAUAUAAGGCUCUGGUGACUUCUGUUGCAGUGUAUCUGAAGAAGUGCGCAUGCACACGAAAGCUUAUACCAAGAACAAACUUAGUUGGUCUCUAACCAACACGGCUACCUACCUGAAUCUUUUUUUUAAAGUUAGCUUCAUGCAACCUGAUGAAAGGAGGCGGAGGCUUCAUUUAGGACACAGAAGCAUUGCACCCGGGUCGGACUGUUCGCCCAUCUAAUCCUGUAUUGCAUACUCCGACCGGCAGCAGCUCUCUCUGGAGAUUUAAGCGGAAGGUAUUUCAAAUCAGCUGCCGCCUGGUACUUUGCCAGAGAUGGAAGUUGGCACUUUGUGUGCGGAGAGGCCUCGCCGCCAAGCUGUGAUUCCCAGCACAUGCACACGCAACCCGCCCAAAUCUAGGCAGCCUAUAUAGCUCGGACACGCUCUUACGUGCAGCCAGCCACACGUUCCACCUUUUCAGCCUCUUCGCCUGGCUUUGGGAUGACCCGCGAAGGGACACAAAGGGUCUUUUUCCAGUGACAUCUUAAGAUUCCUUUCCUGCCUAACUGGUGCGCGCUUGGGGAAAACAACAGCCAUUGGGUUCCUUGAACCGUACAUGGGACUGGCUUUUGUAAGGGGGUUGGGGCAGAACCUUGAACCCUUGGAGGAAAGUUCGGGCCAAGAGAUGUUGGGCUUGCAGUGCGGAAAAGAAGAAUCUCAGCGCGAGAACCUGGAAUAAUCUUAACACAUCCUUCAGCCACCUGGUGCACUCCAGACGUUUGGGAGUUGUAGUACAAAAUAUAUGGAGGGCACCAGGUGGCCUGAGGCUGUCUUACUUAACGCCGCCCAUGAAGUUGGGUUCUGGCCAAGACUUGCUGAAGGCACCCGCGCACAGCGAUCCUAUGCAUCUUUCCUUGGAGAUAAGCCCUCCCCGGUUCCAAGUGCGCAGAGCUCAGCCCAGGCGCAGAGCUCAGCCCUUCUCGACCGAGUUCUAGAUGUUUUCUUUUGCGGGGAGACGUUUAACGCCACCCCCAUGAAAACUACCACGGGAAACGAACAGUCCUCUGCCUCUGCCCGCCUUCCAGGGCCUGCUGAGGAUCGACCCUUUCCCGAUCCGUUCCUCCCUCCCUCCCGCAUUCAUUUUCUCCUUUAUUUAGCACCCAUCCUUUCCAUUUUAAACCUCAUUGUUUUCGCUCGAGCAGCCUCGAAUAAACACCCAGGAAAGCCGCGGAAGAAGUGAGAAGUCAUUUGUAGGUCAGGGUGAGCAACUUAAAGGCAUCUUUUAAAUUAUGGAUCAUCUUUUAGUCAUAAUUUUGGCCCCUCCCCGCAAUAUUUCUUCCCCUUUCUCCCUGCGAAGUCUAAGAAAGUACGAACCACUAUUUUACCUUCCCAUGAAAUAAUAAUAGCAACAUUUUCGUCUUCGUCGGUGUCAGCAAACGGAAUUAAAUCGUUUCCCGGAGGGUUGGAAUCUGCAGUUUUAUGGCGUCUCGGGCAACGAGAUAGAAUAAACUGAUAUUUAUUUACAGUCUCAAGGUGGCCUACAUGAUUCCUGUAUUGCAGGGGGUUGGACUAGAUGACCCUUGGAUCCCUUCCAGCUCUAGGAUUCUAUGAUUCUCCCCCGGCUCAUUUAAUCUUGAGAGGUAGGUCAGGCUGGGAGGCAGCGAGUGGUCCAAAGUCACUCAGCGACCUUGGGGAGGAUUUUAACCCUGGUCUUUCCCAGUUCCCAGCCUGUGACAUUUUAACCACACAAACUGUCUCUCGAUUUAUUUUGCUUUUCUCCCCCUUCCGUCUUUAAUAAGCAAGCAUCCAUUCUUCUGGAAAGAAAAGGAGAGGAGAGGGAAUAGAGCUAAUCUCAGAAAUUUGGAAUUAAAUUCUAUAUUAGUGCCAGGCCUUUCACAUUUAAAGUUUAAAAUAAAUCAAUUCUGUUUUCAAGCCUCGCCUUGGUUAUUUUUCACACACUCCUCAGUCCCCGCGCAGACGUAAAAUGAAAUGCCCUCCGAUUCGACGUGGUUUGUUUGGGAGGAGGAGAGAGAGAGAGAGAGAGAGAGACUUCUACUGCCUUUUCUUUAGUAUCAAGCACACUGUGACUUUUUCCCGGAAAGAUUUGGUAAAUCAGACGGCGGAUACAUAGCGCAGAUGGUUUGGAGGUGUCGGGUCACAUUAUGGCAUGCCUGGCUUCGCGUCUAAGUUCAUUCUGACGGAAAACCCUGAUAUUAUUUUCACAGAUCUACACAGUUCACUUGAAAAAAAACCCUCCGAGCCAUUUUCAUCAUUUAUGCGAGGCUUGCUGCUAGCGGGAUGGAAAGCCUUUCUAUAUUGCUCAUUUUCAUAAAGACGACAGGAGGAGAACUGCAGAGAAACAAGACCGGGCAGGGCGUGUUUGUGCGCGCGUAAUCAAACGCUGAGUGCGGGGAGCGCCGGGGGGGAACGGACCCCAUUCCGUAAGCAUUUCUUUUUAUCAAGAGUCUAGCCCUCUUGAAGGCAGAAGAGUUGGACGUGAUGCAACUCGGUUUCUCUGUCCAGCUACGCCGAGGGUUCGGACCGGUUUUAUAGACACUUUUCUGCAGAGCACACAAGCGGUGUACGUAUAGAAUCGGAGAGUUCGAAGGGACCCCCAGAGCCAUCUAGUCGACCCCCCUGCAUCUCAGGAAUCCCAGCUAAAGAGAUGGCCAUCUUACUUCUGCUUUUAAAAAAUCCCGUGAAGGAGAGUACACCACUUUCCGUUCCACGACUGAGCAGUUCUUACAGCGGGAAAGUUCUUCCUGAGCAAUAACCAGAGCAAUAGUCUUACAGAGCAAAACUGAAAUAAUAAAUAGCAAAAUUAAAAGAACAUGAAACUGAUUCGAGGCCCAUUGCGGCCUCCAGUAGAACCCAAUCCACAGGUUCCGAAGCCAAUUCCGUCAAACUAUUUGCUAUUUUUCGCUUUGUUGUUGUUCAGUCCUUUAGUCGUGUCCGACUCUUCGUGACCCCCUGGACCAGAGCACGCCAGACACUCCUGUCUUCCACUGCCUCCCGCAGUUUGGUCAAACUCAUGCUGGUAGCUUCGAGAACACUGUCCAACCAUCUCCUCCUCUGUCGUCCCCUUCUCCUUGUGCCCUCCAUCUUUCCCAACAUCAGGGUCUUUUCCAGGAGUCUUCUCUUCUCAUGAGGUGGCCAAAGUAUUGGCGCCUCAGCUUCACGAUCUGUCCUUCCAGUGAGCACUCAGGGCUGAUUUCCUUCAGAAUAGAUAGGUUUGAUCUUCUUGCAGUCCAUGGGACUCUCAAGAGUCUCCUCCAGCACCAGAAUUCAAAAGCAUCAAUUCUUCUUUAUGGUCCAGCUCUCACUUCCAUACAUCACUACUGGGAAAACCAUAGCUUUUACUAUACGGACCUUUGUUGGCAAGGUGAUGUCUCUGCUUUUUAAGAUGCUGUUUAGGUUUGUCAUUGCUUUUCUCCCAGUCAUGGACAAACAAAGUGAAGGGCUCUUAUCAAAACUGCUUCGCGCAGAAGGUUCUAGGUUUAAUUCCGACCAUUUCCCGGCAGGGCCGGGAGAAAACCCAACCUGAAACGCCGCUUGCCGGUGUAGUGGCAAUGCCCAGCGAGAUGACCUGUUGGCCUGAGUCGCUCUUGAAAAGCUUCCGGUGUUCCUAAACCAGAACCACAAUGAACUGGAACCGGUGUGAUCAAAAUAAGUCGUGAAAAAUAAAACGAAAAAGGCUGAUUUUAAGAACUGGGCUGGUGGAGACGCCAGCCAUUGAACGACUUUGUGUUGGUGUUUAUUGCCAUGAGAGAGGAAUUCCGGAGCCGUGGGGUACCGGGUCGCUUCUUCUUCACCCCGCGAUGUCUGCUUGGGGUGAGGUCCUCAAUCUCCGUCUGAAAUGCGCCCUACUUCUAACAGGACUGGAUACGAAAUUGGUAACGAUUUCGCAUUGCGCGCACGUUCAUGCUACAAUUCUUCUCACGCUUACCACUCGGUAGGACGUGGCUCCGUGCAAGUAGGUAUAGGGUCGCGCUGCACGUCCUAUAGAAAAGUAAAUGUGUUUCGGACUGGGUUAAAAGCUGGAUCCUUUCUCGUCUGAGUAAAGCACUCCAGCCUGCAAUAACCUCCCUUACUUGGGGGUAAAUUGCGCUCAAUAGGGAUUACUUCUGAGUAGACACGUAUAUGACUACACUGUAAAGGCGCCGUCGAUUUAAAAGUGAGAAUCAAGCGGUUUGUUAAAUGACUCCAGAUGAAAUAAAUAGGGUUUAACAUGUUUGCCUUGAGCAGGGUUUGCGCCUUUAACUCCCACUUCUUUCAAAGGGAAAGAGAGUUGAGCGUACAUUAAAUAUAUCUGGAUCGCGCCCAUUAUUUUACUGGCGAAUGAAGCAUAGGCGCAUGUAAUUGGCCGCCAACCGCUUAGCUCUGAGAAAACUGACCCCAUUUCUUUAGCAAACAGAUAGUGAUUGCUCAACCCUCUACCCGUUGGAUUCAAUGGGAUUACUUCCAAGUAUAAGAUCGCGCUGUUUACCAGCUCUUGUAUACAACAGAGUAUUUAGUCACAGAAGUAUAAAGUUGGAAGGGACCCGAGGGUCAUCUAAUCCAACCCCCUGCAGUGCAGGAAUUUCAACUAAAGCAUCCAUGACAGAUGGCCAUCCAACCUCUGCUUAAAAACCUCCAAGGAAGCAGAGUCCGCCACCUCUCGUGGGAGUCUGUUCCACUGUCGAACAGCUCUCAGAAAGUUCCACCCGAUGUUUAGUCUGAAUCUCCUUUCUUGUAAUUUGAAGCCCUCCAGAGCCAGAGAAAACAAGCUUGCUCCAUUUCCCGUGGAACAGCCGUCCAGAUAUUUGAAGAUGGCUAUCAUACCUCUUCUCAGUCUUCUCUUCUGCAGGCUAAACAUACCCAGCUCCUUCAACCGUUCCUCAUAAGGCUUGAUCAUCUUGGUUGCCCUCCUCUGCACAAUUUCCAGUUUCUCAAUAUCUUUCUUUGAUUGUGGUGCCCAUAACUGGACACAGUAUGCCAAGUGUGGCCUCACCAAGGCAGAAUAGAGUGGUACUAUGAUCAAACCUAUCCAUUCUUAAGGAAAUCAGCCCUGAGUGCUCACUGGAAGGACAGAUCGUGAAGCUGAGGCUCCAAUACUUUGGCCACCUCAUGAGAAGAGAAGACUCCCUGGAAAAGACCCUGAUAUUGGGAAAGAUGGAGGGCACAAGGAGAAGGGGACGACAGAGGACGAGAUGGUUGGACAGUGUUCUCGAAGCUACCAGCAUGAGUUUGAUGAAACUGCGGGAGGCAGUGGAAGACAGGAGUGCCUGACGUGCUCUGGUCCAUGGGGUCACGAAGAGUCGGACACGACUAAACGACGAAACAACAACAUCAUACCUCUUCUCAGUCUUCUCUUUUGCAGGCUAAACAUACUCAGCUCCUUCAACCGUUCCUCAUAAGGCUUGAUCAUCUUGGUUGCCCUCCUUUGCACAAUUUCCAGUUUCUCAAUAUCUUUCUUUAAUUGUGGUGCCCAUAACUGGACACAGUAUGCCAAGGCAGAAUAGAGUGGUACUAUGAUUUCCCUUGAUCUGAACACUAUACUUCUGUUGAUGCAGCCUAGAAUAGCAUUCGCUUUUGUUGCUGCACUUUCACACUGUUGACUCAUGUUAAGCUUGUAGUCUACUAAGACCUCUAGAUCCCUUUUACAUGUACUACUGGCUUUGAGCCACUGACUUAGAUGGCUUUUGGCCAAUUGGUGAUGGUAAAGAAGAAGAUUAUCGGCUGUGACAGCUAAAUGGGAACUUCCAGGUUCGGAGGAAGUCUACCGCUGAAUACCACAACAAAGGUGGAGAGGUGUUGCACUUCCCCACUGCUGGGCUGCCCCUCAACAGAGCGGUAAAACCUUUGCCUUACAUGCAGAAGGUCACAGGUGCAAUCCCCAGCGACAUCUCUAGGUAGGACUGGGAGAGACCCCCUACCUGAAACCCAGAAGAGUCUCUGCCAGUCCGUGCAGAUAGUAUUGAGUUAGAUGGGCCCAUGGCACAAGGCGAAGCUUUCUAUGUUCCAGAAGACUUCUGAAAGGGAAUUUGCUCUCACCCAAGGUUUCCCAAACUUGGGUCUCCAGCUGAACUACAAUUCCCAUCAUCCCUGAAUACUGCUCCUGCUAGCUAGGGAUCAUGGGAGUUGUAGUCCAAAGACAGCUGGAGACCCAAGUUUGGGAAACCCUGGUUUAACCAAUACUAGCUAUUUUAAAUGCUCCUCUCUAUAUAAAGCAGGGAGGGGUAGCCAAUGUGGUGCCCUACGCAUGUUCUCCAACCCUUCUCAGCCCCAGCCAGUAUGGCCAAUUGUUAGAGCUGAUGAUGUUUGUAGUCCCGAACACUUGGAGUCAACAGGUUGACUAGCUCUGCUCUAAGGAUCAUUUCAUUGAUUUGGAGCCUUGAGGGUGCUGUGGAAUUUAGAGUCAAAAUAGUUUCUCAGUUGUUGAGCCGGAGGAGGGCGGUGACGCUGGGAGGAGACUGGAAAGCAGAUUCUUCACGCCAUCCACGCUGCGCCCUCUGCGCUUCCAAGGACCAGCGGUGUUAAGGUGCACACACCUCGAUUUUAUGGACAGCUGGAUUAAAAACGGCCUUCGGGUGUCCUGGCAGGGGGGAAUAAGCUCUCAUGGCGCCGGAUUCUGUCCACCGGACCGCAGUUCUAUGUAUACAGGCAGGGACAUCUAAUACAUUGCAGCAGCUCUCGCUCUCGCUCUCUCUCUCUCUCUCUCUCUCUCUCUCUGUGUGUGUGUGUGUGUGUGUGUGUGUGUGUGUGUGAGAGAGAGAGAGAGAGAGAGAGAGAGAGAGAGCGAGCGAGCGCAUUCAGGCAUUUUUAUAUAUUCACUUCCACUGGCUCCUGCACUGAGGCCCGUCCUAAUUUCAGCAGCAAAGCAGAGUCCUGCGUAAUUUCUGUCGCAGCAAGGCGGACGCGUGCGUAAAAGCCUAAUUUGGAUAGAGUUGGGUGUCAAACUACCCCACUCCUGUUUAUUAUUUAGCAUUAGGAAGCGUUCACACGUGCGCAAGAAACCCGCGAAACAAAACACCACCACAAGAGAGGGCCGAGGGUGCUUUGGGAGGCACGCGUGAAGCCAUUCUCAACGUUCAGAAGGCAAACAUUCAGAACCACGUUGAGGCUCGUGUGAAAACAGCCGCCGGGAUCAUUUGUCACGACAAAGGUAUGAAAAACAAAACAAAUCAGCACGGGCCUCCAUUUGUGCUUUACGGAUGAGGCGGGUCAGAAGCUUUAAAAGUCAGGGCUUAAAAUAAGGCAAUAUAUCCCUGGUGACCAGGGCCGGAUUAAAACCUUUCUAGGCUCUAAGCACCAAAAAAGUUAUGGUGCCCCUCAUGGGCGUAGCAGAAUCGAGUAGGGGCAGAACAGAGCUAUAUGCCACGCGCUUAGUCACUUUGUUAAGUAUUUUUAGUUAUUUACUUGAGGGAGGGGCAGCUGCCCCCCUUCCUCACCUUGGCUACGUCCAUGGUGCCGCCAUCCGUAGCUCAAAAUAAAAGCAAUACUAAACCCGUAAAAUAAAAAUUCACAACAAAAUAAAACGUGGAUUUAUUAUAACAUUUGACCGGAUCUGAUUUCCUUGCAUUGUUUCCAUCUAUCUUAAUAGGGCGCCCCUUGGUUUAGUUGGAAAAGUGUACGGAAGUCAAAUAAAGCUCUGAUUCUUCCCAUGAUGACUACUUCGAAGCCUUUUCUUUAAAAAAAAAAUGAAAUGCCAAAUUCUAAAAAAAUAAAAAUUAUAAUAAAAUCAAUGUGCCCCUGCUUUGUUGCUGCCCUACAGUGUGUACUUAGUCUGCCUAUUGGAGAGUCCAGCACAACGGAUGAGCCUCAGACCUGCUACUUCUUUUAAUCAGUCCCUAUCCGACCCUUAGGGUUAAGUCAAAAGUGAAAGCAGUUUAGAUUCCUGCCAAACUGUAGCGACGCCAAGGAUUCUGAAAGUUGCCUUUCCGAUGAAUCUGUCAUUCUGUAAGAAAGGCCUGAUUCCCUGUCUCUUGGAGAGACUCUCUUUUCUUUUGUCUCUCUCUUUCUAUUUCUCUCUCUCACGCACGAAAAAAAAUAGCAGGAGUAAGGGAGGGAAAACAGAGACAUAAAAUAAUACAGUGCAAAGUCAUAACUGUGAAACCGUCACAUUUAUCACUUCGGGGUUUCUGUGCAGCUUUGCUAGGGAGUUGCAAUUCCCUGAGAUCUGAGGUUGAUCUACAGAAGAGAGAGCCAUUUGCUAAAUUUUUGAUUCCUGCAAGCUGACUGUUUUCUAAGCGCAGAAGUGCAUCUCCCCAGUUUAAGCAGACAAAUCUGUCAUUCCAAGUACAAUGUUGCCCUGUGACUCACAUACCCCUCUUCCUGCGUAAGGAGGGAAGCCUCUCCAGCACAACAUCCCAUUAUACUGAGUCAAGGAGCAAACAAGUGUAAUGGGGAUGAAAGCGGCCCUUUGUCAUCCGUGAAACAUUUAAUACUUUCAAAGUCCUACUGUUCGCCUUGCAUAUCAUAACAGCAGGCUCAUGAGACCAAAUCCAGCCCAGGAGGAUGGAGAAAGAAAAAAAUAUAUCUCUGGAGUCAAUGGAACAGUUGUCAAAGAACAAACGACUGGUUUAUUUAGACAAAUGAAUCUGUUCGUGAUAGUGGAUAUAAAUGUUAAAACGAAACAAAACAGCUCUAUUUUUUUUAGGAAUUAUGCUGUGGAUAGUAUUGCUUACCUUCCCCAAUCGUGUUUUUUAUGUUUGGUUUUCUGGAUUCGUGAACAAUAAGAUCAGGCAAUCAACGGAAAGCAAGUCAAUUUAUACACAUUUGUUUAAUUUGCAUUGCCUGCUUAUUUAUUUGCUGUGUAGAUUUUUCCUCCUUCCUUGAGGAAAGGCGCACCCUUGAGAUACCUUAUAAAUGUACAAUCUAUGUGAAGUAGAUCAUGCCGGCCACAUGACCCGGAAAGCUGUCUGUGUGGACAAACGCUGGCUCCCUCGGCCUGAAAGCGAGAUGAGCACCGCACCCCAUAGUCGCCUUUGACUGGACUUAACCGUCCAGGGCUCCUUUACCUUUCCAAAUUCACAUUCAGGGAUCACAGCAAUGGCCCGGUCUAUAUAUUUGCAGCAGAAUGGCCAAGGUCUGAGGUGGCACAAUGGAUUGCACCACUUUAGGUCGGGUGGAGGGGGCGGGACAGACCACAUUUUUAAAAGAGUUGUAAAAAUAACUGUAUCAGAAGGAUGCUAACACGGCAAAGGGAAAGAUUCUAGCCCAGCCCAUUGUCAGCUGUUCUGCUUUUCUAUUUGUAAAAGGUUUUGGUUUGGAAUGCAUGUGUGAGCAUUCACAAAUGUUAUUCCACCCCACACAAUGUGAAGUGGUAUAAGCCGUUAUCAUCUUCUUUUCCUGGACAAAAAGGACCCGUUGAAAGUCCGGUAGAGAUUCCCAGGCCGGUUUUCCAUUGAGGACAAGAGAUAAGGAAUUGUAUGGACAAUAUGAAGGCAACUUCCCAUUAGAUAUAAUUUUGGACUCCGUGUUGCCUAAUCAUUGUUUUCUCAUCCGCUUCUGCAACUUGUGUAGCUCACGUUUGGCAAUAUUAGUGGCAUAAGGCUAUAUUGUUUGCAUACACAGGUCUUGUCAAUUGUUUGACGUGCUUAAUUCAUAAAUAAAUAUCUGUCCUGGGUCAAUAAGAAUCAGUGGUGGCUGCAAGAAAAAAGAUGGGAAGGGGGAAAGCAUAUGAUAAUGACAGGAGUUCAGCAAUGGCAAGGCAAGUUGGUGGGGUGAGCUUCUUGCUUGGGGGGUGCUUGUGAUAAGAAUUAUACAUAGCCAGCUCCUGCGUUUAUUUUAUUUAUUUAUUUACAGAUUUAUUAACUUUUAAAAGAUGAUAGUCUUAUUCUUUUUUGGAUUUUACAGAAUCUGUUUACAAAGUUGCAUCUAUGGUCUGAUGAGCCUCCAAACAGGUCAUGUAACAGAACAACACAAAACACUUAAAAUACAGUUUUGGCGUUGGGAGCUGUGCCGUUAAGGGUGUUGGGAAUGAGAGUCACUGAAAGGAGGAGGAGAUUUGUAGAGCACAGCUAGAACUCAUUCCUAAUCUCCAAGGGUGGGUAGCUUGUUACUUUCCUGCUAUUGUUGGACUCCAGCUCCCAUCAGCUGUGGCCAGCAUAGCCAAUGGUCAAGGAUGACGGGAGCUGUAGUUCAGCAACAUCUGGACGUUUCCAGAUUUCCCACCUUGCCAUAGACAGUAUCAGGCUCUGCUUAAAAUAUAGCAUUAAUAAUAUUAAUUGACCCUGCUGGAUUAGGCCAAUGGCCAGACUAGCCCAGCUUCCUGUUGUCAUUGUGUCCAACCAGAAGAUUAUGGGAAGCCUAAAAGCCUUAGGCUCAUUAUGAGCCAACUAUCAAUGACACCUGUUAUUUUAAGAACACUGAGAUCACCUCUCAAUUAUAAAAUUAAAUUUCCAGCCUUUAUGAUGGCUGAAAUAAUAUUGGAACCACAUAAACUGCAUCUAUUGAAGCUUUUGAGACACUGAGCAGCAAGCCUUCCCAUUUAAAAAUGAAUAUCUCAUCCCCUCUUCCACUGGGAAAAUUGAGGUUAUUGUAUUUGCUUUCUAAAACAACUUAAUUUAUGUGUGUACACUUUGAUAUUCAGUAUUUCUACAACCGCAUUUGGCAUUUCCUCAGCUCAGGAGUAAAAUUGGGGGGUUUUUUGGGGGGGGACCAUCCAUAACUUCAGUGUUUGACCUAUCGGAGACCACUGUUUCCUUGUUAAUCACUGGCUUGCCUCAAUAAAAUAAGAGUGAAUUAUUUCAUGAUGUGCUUUUAUGGCGAGAACAUUUAUACUAGAGAUGACAUUGCUCAUCCAAACGUAUGAAGGAUUUUCAUUUCUACUAUUUAGUUGUGGGCCUUUGUAAUCAGUAUUUGACAACUUAAGGCACUUCAUGAUGGAGCAAUCAAUUGGUCCUCUUUGUUAACAACAUUUAUGGCAUUGUCAUCAUCGUAAGUAGUUCCAGUAAUGAAUUUGCUGUAUAUUACUUGUAAUUCAUAUCUGACCUUGGAUGGCAAUUAUCAGCUUCUCUGUCUGGGAUUCCAAACACGCCCCCCCGCCCCCCGUUCAUAGCUAUGCUAUUGAUGUUCCAUUGUCAGAGUAACCAUCAACUUAUCUUGCUGGGUAACAAUUGCAUAAGUUCUUAUCCGUGAAUUUAUCCACACUGUCAAAGCCAGCUUUCAAUAAUGUUUUAGGGCACUUACUAUAGUUGAGGGGAGAUGAAUGAACUAUCAAUUAAAGCACUGAAUGCUAUCCUUCUUCAAGGAAAAUAGUAUUUUUUGCCAAACGGACGCAAUCAGAUACAAACGAGUAAAGAAAAUGGAAGGGGAGGGGGACUGAGGUAAACAUAGGAUUCUGUUUUUUUUUUAAUCUCCAUAGCAAUCAACUGCAAGAGUUCUUCCUUGACUGAAUAGAAACUAACCUUUUUGACAGUAAGAGCAGUUUGACAAUGGAAUGGUCUCCCUUGGGAGGUGGUGGACUCUCCUUCCUUGGAGGUUUUAAAGCAGAGGUUGGAUGGUCAUCUGUCAAGGAUGCUUUAGCUGAGAUUCCUGCAUUGCAUGAGGUUGGGCUAGAUGACCCUCAGGUCCCUUCCAACUCUAAGACUCUAUGAUUCUAUUACUGUAUUCAUCUAUUGCACUAGCUCAGCUCUUGAAGUGUUACAGGAUGUUCAUCAGCAUUCCAAUUGCUCAGAUGUUAAAAAACAAACACAAAACUGCUUGUGUGUAAGGCUUAGGGCAGUGGUGUCCAAACUUUUUUCAAAGAGGGCCAGAUUUGAUGAAGUGAAGGGCCAUGAGGGCUGACCAAAGGGCCAACCCAAGUUGUUGACCUUUUAUUAUUACAGUAUUAUUAUUAUUAUUAAAGAUUUUCUUGGUUUACAAAAGUAUGAGCAAUGUCUCUCCCCACCCCAGCUACAUUUUUACAGAUCAGUUUCAUUUGUUGAGGCAUUAGUGUUACAUUAGGAAGAAAAAGGGAGAAAGAGGUGGAUGGGGGAAAGGUGAGUGGGGCGGGGACAGGUGGUGAUGUUUCUCUUUUACUUAAUAUAUGUGUUGACCUUUUUGUAGAAUUGAAGUUGUUGAGCUUUUUUUUAGGGUUGAAGAUUUUACCCCAGAAAAUAAACUGUCACAGGGGCUGGAUUAAACCAACUGUUGGGCCGGAUUAGGCCCCCGAAAUGGACUUUGGACAUACCUGGUUUAGGGACAGUUAAGAAAUGUACACCUGUUUCCUCUGAUGAGUAUGGAUCAGAGCAGCAAAAGGAGUUCUGCAAUGUAAGCCUAUACAUGUAUACUCUGGAGUAAGUCCCACUACAAUGGGGUUUACUCCUAGGGAAGUGUGUGGAUUGCAGCCUUAGGCUGGAUAUGCAUGAUUCAUUUGUGAGACAUUCAUGAAACAAGAAGCUUGGUGACAGAAAGACAUUAACAAGUGCCUUAAACUGCAGCAGGGAGGGUGGUGAGGUGGUGACAGAAUACUGUAAACAGACAACGAUGCCAUAAGCAAAUCAGAAUAAAACGAAGAGAUCUUAGUACAGAUGCUGAUGCCUAUAUAACAGUAUAUUCAGUGUGGUGUUUUUCAAUGCCAAAUUUGAGCAACUGUGUAUUAAAACAUACUGUAUAUAUUAUAAAUAAACCUCUCUUUUUAUGCAAUUAUGUUGGUCUGAUUCAUUUUCUGUCUCUUUGUGUUUUCAACCUAAGGUCAGUUUAGUCAGUGCUUCCUCCAUGCUCCUCCUGCAUUUCUUGAUGCGUGAGUUUUCAUUUCCCCAGGCAACAUAUCCUGUCUGUGACUGACAAUAGGCUACAUUUUGAGCAGAAUUAAUUCAUUGCAUCUGCCCAUAUCUCACUUCCAGUGUGCUUUCUCCUCCUCCUUCUCCAGUUGCUGCAUCUUUCCUUCAUCUCCUGCCUGACCAUCAGUUUUAGACUACCACAUUUUACUUCCCUCUUUCUCAUUAAACAAUCUGCUUCCCCAACCAUGUGCACCCAUGAUGCUCUUCCUAUUUGUUCUCUCUGCCAGUUCAAUUGGGCGAGCAACUCAUGAGGUUGCUUGGGGCAGGAAAAUGUAUGUGUUGUGGCGAAGCUGCAUGGAAUCUAAGGGGUGGACCCUGGGAUCCCUUAUAAUGACACAGAAUACUUUGGGGAUAGAAUUAUGACAGUAACAACUGUACUCAAUUUUAAGUGCUGCACGGCUCACACAUGACCCAGCAGUUGCUUCCAUGUCUGGCAAAGAAUGUGGUACAACAGCCCUUGGGUCAAUAAAGUGCCUUGAGGUGGCGUGAUCUAUUUAGAAGUACAUCCUACUGGGUUCAAUGAGGCUUACUACCAUUCACUACCAUAGGUGUACCAUUCACCAUAGAUUCAAGUUACAAGAAAAGAGAUUCCAACUAAACAACAGGAAGAACUUUCUGAUGGUAAGAGAUGUUCGACAGUGGACCGGACUCCCUUAGAACAGACAUGACCAAAGUCCAUUUUGGGGGGCCUAAUCUGGCCUGCCGGUUGGUUUAAUCCAGUCCCCAUGGCAGUUUAUUUCCUGGGGUAAAAUCCUAAAAAAACCAUCAACUACUUCAAUCCUAAAAGAAGCUCAACAACUCCAACCCUUUAAAAAAGCACAGCAACUCUUCAAUCCUAAAAAAAGGUCAACAACAUUGAUUGGCCCCCACGGCCCUUCACUUCAUCAAAUCUAGCCCUCUUUGAAAAAAGUUUGGACACCACUGCCUUAGAAGGUGGCGAACUCUCCUUCAUUGGAGGCUUUUAAGCAGAUGUUGGAUGGCCAUCUGUCAUGGAUGCUUUCAGUGGCAGAUCUUGGGGCCCCAAAUUUCACUGGCGCCACUAAAAUUCGGCACUCUUACACCUCUCAUGCUCCAUUGUAAAUCAUAGUUGUGACGUCCCCAGCAGCACCCCCAAGGCUCUAUGCCCAGUGUGACCAAACUGGUUGCACUCCCCCAAAACAACAUCUGAUGCUCUAGUCGGGAUUCCUGCAUUGCAGGACAUAGGACUAGAUGAGCCUCAGCGUCCCUUCCAACUCUACACUUCUAUGAUAUAAACUUGCAUAGGGCUGCAACCUUGUAUUCAGUCCUUUGUGUCUUUGCAAGGGAGGUGGGUGGGAAGAAGAUCACAAUUAAUUGACUCCACCACGGGGUCACAAAGAGUCGGACACGACUAAACAACAACAACUGUGAUCCCUGACUCUGCCUACCAGUAGCUGCCAGUGGGUACCAGCCUCCAGGUUUAGAGGCAACAAGCCUCUAGAUACCAAUUGCUGGAUAAGGGUGAGAAAUACCAAUUGCUGGAUAAGGGUGAGAAAUAGUCAUUGCCCUCGUGUCCUGCUUGUGGGGCUUCCAAGUGUCUUUUGGCUAGCUUGGCCACUGUGAUUUGUUUUCCCACACUGAACUUCAAUUCACCAAAGCUGUCAUCUGUGCAUGUGUUGUCAUCAGCACAUACGUGGCAGCUGCCUGAAAUUGUCUGGGGAUAUGCUGCAUUAAUUCUCCAGUAGAUGGAGCAUCUUCAUUGCUUUUCUUCAAGAGUAUUUGGGGAAAGAGAAAGGAAGAGAAAGUGAGUUGAUUCAUUAAAAAAAACAAAUGCAAAGAGAUCUGUUCCCACUGAUUUCAGUCAUGUAUUCAAAACUUUGGGGCUAUACUCAUGACCACCUUUAAUUUCCCAAUUUUGGUGCAGUAUGAUAUUGCAUUUUCCUAGUAGUCAAACCACAGUAUUAUGUACUUUGGAAAAAUGGAUACUUCUUCCUCCAGGAUCAUAGCUGUUAACAUUGACUGUAUACAGGGCUUUUUUCAGCUAGAACCAUUUCAGCCAAGAACCACACACUUAAGUGGCCGGUAGUAGUACUCUUUAAUACUUCAAUCUUUUUUUUUUAAAAAAGUGUGCAUUUAUUUAAUCCCGAGCAAAUAUGGCUUAGAACUGCACUCUUCUUGUGGGGUUGCCCAGGGAAUCAAGCAGACAUGCAAUCUGAGUCAUGGCAAGGGAAUUGCCCAAAGGUGCUUGGAGAAGAUUAUGGUUGUUAAUAUAGAUAAUGAUGAUGAUAAUAAUAAUAAUAAUAAUAAUAAUAAUUUUUUUAUUAAAUUUGUAUACUGCCCUCCAUCCAAAUGUGCUUGGAGAAUACUCUUGUUGCUAAUUUAGUAGAUUAUAAUUCUAAUAAUUUAUUAAAUUUGUAUACUGCCCUUCACCCGAAGGUGCUUGGUCAUGGGGUUGCCAUAUGUCCAGAAUUUCCUGGAAGACUCACUUUUGUGUCUGGAUUUUCACUUUUUGAAAUAUGUCAACCCUAUUAAGUUUGGAGAAGAAUACUGUCGUCGUUAUUUUUAUAUAUUUCUCGUCACCACCAUUUAAAUUUGUAUACCACCCCUUAAUCCAAAGAGCCCAGGGAGCUUCACAGAGGGAGUGACUAGGGAGCAAAGCCUUCUUGGACGCAGCGGGCUCAACCCCUUCAGGGCUUCCCGCCAAAUGAAUCUCCUCAGGCGGCGCAGCUCCCCUCCCCCGCCCGCCCCGCUGCCGUUAGGACUUAAAAUAAAGGCGGGAAACAGGCUGCCGAGCGCCUGAGGCGGAUCACCGCAGCCAAACGGCGGUUAAAGCACCGCGAGCAGCGCCUCAGAAACGCGCGUCUUUCCUCCGCCUCCUCAGCUUUUCCCGCGCUUUCCCCCCUCCAGGGCGGCGCCAUUUUGCUUUCUGCUGAACAGUGUUUUAAGAGGUUGACUCUCAGCCUCCCUGUGAGCCUUACUGCCCCCAUUGAAUAAACAGGACCCCCCCUAAACGAAGUGGGGGGGGGUUGUUUUGUUUUUUGACGAAGGACAGCAGGUCUGGUGCCAUACACGCCGCAGAUUAUUUUUAUCUGUUCUUCUGAAACCGUGUUUGUAGUGGUUUUUUUUGUCAUCAAUAGGGUUUUAAAAUCUAUUUUUAUUACUGUUGUUGUCAGACUGCCUUUAAAUCACGUUGGGGGUGAAGGCUGUAGUUUGAAAGUAUUUUUAAAGUGGCCUUCGGUUGAGGGGGCUGUAUGGAAAUUUAAUAAACAAACAAAGAAAGAAACAGGGUUUUGUAGAAAUGCAGAUUUCACCCAGAACCAUCAUGUUAUGUGGUCUGGAAACUUUACACCUGACUUAAUUUUGAAUUUAGACAAAAAUGUCGCUGUCGUGCUAAGCACUCCUCCUGACUGAUCAUUUAAGGAUUGUGUUUAUCGUUACCUGUGAAAACAUUUAUGAUGGGCAAAAGAUUGGUGAACGUGGAGUGUAACUUUGAACACUUUUAACAUUGGAAAGUUUGUGAUGCUUAUUCAGAUACAUUAAAAUUUAUUAAUGGUAAAAAGCUGGUUAAAGACUCCAGCUAUCAUUACGAACAGGUCAGUGGAAAAAACUGCCUCAGACAAAGUGGGAUAAUUUUACAAGAGGGUUAAUGUUAGCUUCAUAUUCCCUCCUUUUUCACGAAAAUUUCACCCCUGCCUUACAAAGCAUCUCCCGCGCUAGCAUAGCCUGUAAUAAUAAUAAUAAUAGAAUUUAUAUACUUUACUACCCUACACCCAGGCCUUUACAGCAAGGGGUGGGUUUUCUUUUCAUUUGUCUCCAAUUUUCAUUUUGUAUUGGUGGGGCUAUUAUGUCAUUGUGAGUUUGUUCUUUUAUUAUGUUCUUCCUUUUCUUUUCCCUCUUCAUGUAGGUUUACAAAAUGGCUGAUGUCAUGUUAAACAACCUGAACAAACUACUGCUACAGCUUGGUAUGUUGCCGUGUGGUUCAGCUUUGGAAACAAGCAAGGGAGAGUCCUUCAGUUACCUAUAGUUUUUGAUUAUUUGCAUAUAUUGUUUGCCUCACAGUGUUAUAACACAUUUAAAACACUUUUUCUUUACAGUACUAAUGUAGCUGAGUCCCAUAUGGAUCUGUGUUACUGGGUUAAGAUAGAAUUACACUUGACGCCAAACUACAUGUUAUAAGGUCCUAACAGUCACUUCUAAGCAAAUUUGAGAGAGGAGAAUUAAUAGCAAAGAAUGGUGGGAAUGGUUUAAUUCUUCCUCUCCUUUCCCCAUCAGCAGUUUUCUGCUUUGUACAGGUUUGGAUGGAUGUUUAUAAGGGAAAUGCAUCUGAAAUGCAGGAAAAGCAGCUUUGGGAUGCGGAAGGAGGGGAAGCAGCUGAUAGGGUAUAGUUUAAUAUAGGCAAGCCAUAGGCAAACAGCUUGAAUACACCUAGCACUGAAAUAAAAUAUAGUAUUCAAGUGACUAAGUUACUGUUUUAAAAUGCAAAUUAGUUUUCACACUUACAGUACCGUAAUAUCUGAAGGCAAUGAUAUCAUUCAUCUAUAUGUUUCUGCUACAGUGUUUCAGCUGCAGCAAGCCUCUUACUCCAAGGAACAUUUGAGGCAACAGAUACAGAGUGAGUCGACUUUAAUACAUAAAUUUUGUCAGAAUCUUGCAUUUGUUGCAGUUGAAGCUCUCAUAUAUACUUCUGCAUGCCCUUUGCCUUUCCUUGAUAGAAACAUUCCUCUUAUCCUUGGUGGGUUGUAAUGGAAACUGGUCCUCAUUGUCGAGAAGUUGUACUUUUGGUCUGAGAAUUGGUUAUGAUUCACAACUUGUGGUGUCUAUCCAAAGGCGUGUCUAACAAAAAACACACACACAGACAAAAACCACCAUGCACAAGGACCUGCUACCUUAUUGAAACAAAUGUAGCAGCCCUAGAAAGCAGGGGAGCUCCAGAUGCAUAGUAGACCUCCAGUAUCCAUAAGAACAGGCAUAGGCAACCAAAGUCCUCCAGAUGUUUUGGGACUACAAUUCCCAUCAUCCCAGACCACUGGUCCUGUUAGCUAGGGAUAAUGGGAAUUGUAGUCCCAAAACAUUUGGAGGGCCGAGGUUGCCUGUGCCUGCAUAAGAAGGUGCUGGACCAACAUUCUGGGUGGAAUUUAGCAUCAAGCUCUUUCAAACAUUCUAUCUGUUCAAGCAUUUCUGCUUGCUGGUCAGAAUUAUACCCUCUCCCCCAACCCCAAACUAAUUUUGGGAGAGUGUGUGGGGAGCAGAGGAGGGCAGGUCUUGUUGUGUAAGCAAGUCUUUGUGCACAGCUUCUGCUGAUGAGACUGUUAGGUAAAUUCUGCUCUAUAGCUCUAACCUUGGAACAUAUUGGGUGGUUCCAGUUGUAUAGUUUGUAUCCCAGUGACCUAUUCCGAUCUUAAAUUCCAUCAAACAUGAAAUAAACAUUUUCUUUCAGUAUAUUCUGCAAAUACUGCAGGGAAAAAGAUUGAGAUCUGUCAGCUACAAGAAGAAAUUAACAAAAACAAGGAGGCAAUUGCUAGCCUACGCAAACGAAACAAUAGCUGUAGAGAGAAUUGUAAUGCGUAAGUAUAUGGUAAAAACUUUAUUUCUGAAACCGCAAUUGGCUAUAAUAUACCUCUUUGUAAUCAAGCAAUUAUGGAUUUAGCUAGUAAGAAGGGGUGUGAAGUUAUUUUGUUAUAGACAGAGAAGAUACAUAGCACUUUCUGAGGUUUAAAAGUGCUUUCAGUACAUUAUCUCUAUAAUCUUACAGCAACUCGGUCAGUCAGUAUUAUUAUUUACAUACUGCGUAUGGGUGGUAGAGGUCUGAAUGGGUCUGACUGGAUUAAACCCUUUCAGAGGCCCCUAGGCAGUCUCAAACUUGGGGGGUCCCUUGUGUGUGUGCUUUAGUGGGAUAACAUUGAACUAAGAAAGCUUGGUUGUAAUUUUCUUUCAAGAUCAAAUUAAUAUUACUUUGAUCUGUUGUCGUGGGGCCCCUAAAAGGUGUGGGGCCCAUAGGCCAGUGCCUACUCAGUCUAUUUGGUAAUCCAGCACUGCAUGGUUCACACAAGUUUCUUAACUACUGCUAUGUCUUUCUUUCUUUGUUACACUUAUAUCCUAUGUUUCUGCCAAAUGGCGAUCCAGUUAGCUAGCAGCAAUAAUACAAAUGCAGUGGUACCUUGGUUUAAGAACAGCUUAGUUUAUGAACAACUUGGAUUAAGAAUGCUGCAAACUUAGAAGUAGGUGUUUUGGUUUGUGAACUUUGCCUUGGAAGCAGAACAUGUUUCACUUCUUGUUAAGUGUGUUCCAUUUGUAAAUUGAGUCCCUUUCUGCUAUGGAAAAACACACUCUGGUUUAAGAACGGACUUCCAGAACGGAUUAAGUUUGUAAACCAAGGUUUCACUGUAUAAUAAAAAUAUCAAAAUACAAUAAAACAGCAAUAAAAUACAAACUGAGAAACAUAAAAAACCAGACAAAUAACCAUUUCGAGCCAACCACAACUUACUUACAAAUCAGCAUAUGGGUCAAAGGACUGUACUGUAUUAAUAAAAAUGCAUUUGCCAAACAGUGGAAAGUCAUCAGAGACACGGAUAACUGGGCCUCCCUUGGCAAAGAGUUCUGGGGUCUGAGAGCAGCAACUGAGAAGGUUUUCUGGGUUCCAGUUAGUUUUAUUGUAUUAAUGAGUAUUUUUGAGUGUGAGUAUUUUGUGAUAUGAAAAGUUGGUACACAUGUUAGUACUGAACUUUACACUGGAUACAAGCUACAUGCAAUUGAAAUCAAUGAGAAAAGCACAGAAGUUUUAGCUUAGGCUCACAAAGGUGACUGUGAGCCAAAAGUAUAUCCCGGGUUCCUGUUUCUCAGAGGACAUCAUCACAUUAUCUUCUGGUAGCAAGAAGGGAGAGUGUAAAUAGAAAGGUGCUGUUAUGAAUUACCCAUUUUUAUGAUGGUUUUGUUACUUAUGAAUAUAAUUAAACUAUGCUUUUAAUAAUUAGAUUCUUACUGUAGUUUUAAAUUUGUUACCUUAGCUGGAAACCAACAUACAUGAUUCUUAGUCAGCAUGAAGAAUAUUUGCAGAAGGAACUUCAGAAUUACCAGGAAUCAACAGAAAAAGACAAGUAUGUAGAAAUGUUUGACAGCUGUAUAUUAAGACUUCCAUAAAAUAUUGCUGAUUAUAAGCAAUGAAUUUCUUACCUAUAAAAAUGUGAACACUCAGGAAGAUAAGGAUCUAUUCUUUAAUGGAGAAUUAUAUUUUGGGGUACACCACCACUUCAAUGGCAAUUGCUGACUACAUCCUAUCACUGAAAAGUAAUAGAAAAAUACAGGUGGUUUCUCAUAUUCCCAACUAUGUUGUAGUUCAGUUAAGGCAACACAUAUUUUUUUCAAAUUUCCCCUGUGUUGAACUGAGUAAUUGUCUCAAGUACUGGCCUUGCUUUGAAAAGAUAGUUAAGUGGUGUCUAAGGCAGGUGAUUGUAUUUCCUUGUUUUAAAAGGAAAAUGUACCAGGAUUACACAACUCAGUAUCAAGAGACUUUUAAACAGCACCAAGAAAAAUAUUUAGCAACUGCCAUUGCUCAGGAAUAUCACCAGGAAAAAAAUGAAUUUGAAGAAAUCCAAAACCGAGUUCUGAAGCAGUCUGAGCUACUUAAAAAGAAAGAAGCUGAAGUGAUAGAGCUUCGAGGUAAAAACAUAGUUUCUAUAAUGCCAGUUAUCCCAACUGAAAUAAAAGAUACAUGGUGGAAUUCACCUAAUGAAUUCUAUCAGUGGAAGCCCGGUGCAAGGCCUUCUGCUUGUGCAAUGAGGUUCUUAGCCUUUCUUUCUUGUGCACCCCCACAAAAUGGGGUCUGGGUGUUUUGCGGGGAAAACUACUAGAAUGGCACAUGACAGGAGGAGAGGGGAAAACAUUCUGGAAGGCAAGCCAAAAUGCUUUGAAUUCAUCCACAGAAAUAAAACAGAGUUUGGAAGGGAUCUAAAAGUUAAUUCAACAGAUUGCAGUGAGUUGGGAUUAUUUUUCUUUAAGGGUAUGCCCAGAUCAGAAGGGCCAGUUGCCCUACAAUCCACCUGAAAUUAUUGUCAUUGUUUAUUAUUUAAUUUCUAUACUGCCCUUCAUCUGAAGAUCACAGGGCAGUUCACAAUAUAACAACAAAUACAUACCAUAAUAAACAAAAACAGUACCCCCAAUUUAAAAGGUGUAUAUAGUUUAACUAGCCAAAGACCUAGGAGAACAGGAAUGUUUUAGCCUGGCACCUAAAGAUAUGUAACAAAGAAGCCAGAUGAGCCUCCCUGAGGAGAGUGUUCCACAAAUGGGGAGCCACCACAGGAGAUGCCUGUUCUUGUGUUGCCACCCUCUGGACCUCUCACAGAGGAGGCACAAGAAGAAGGGCCUCUGAUGAUGAUCACAGGGUCUGGGUCGGUUCAUAUGGGGAGAGGCAGUCCUUGAGGUAUUGCAGUUCUGAGCCGUAAAACUUUAUUGUUAAAACUAUCACUUUGAAUUGAACCUGGAAACUAAUUGGCAGCCAGUGCAGUCGGUCAAGGAUUGGAAUGAUAUACUCAAACCAUCUUGCCACAGUUAACAAUCUGGCCACUGAAUUCUGCACCAGCCAGUUUCUGAACCAUUCAGAGGCAGCCUCAUGUAUAACACGUUUCAGUAAUCUAACCUAGAGGUUACAAGAGCAUAGACGACAGACGUUAGGCUAUCCUUGACCAGAUUCGUGCCACCGAGGCCACCUGAGCCUCAAGCAAUAGCAAUGGAUCCAAAACAGGAUCCAUUGUGCAGAUUAACAUGGUGAGAACAUGAUAUAGCACAAUCUGGAAUGAAAAGCUAUUUUUAAAAACCUUUGUGACCAGUUUUUACCCAAAAUGCGUAAAAAUGAGAUUAAUUCAUGAACAACUUUCCUUCCUCCAGAACCUGGUCCGUUCCAGUCACUUUUGCAGUGGGCAUUACAGAUGUAUCCGUAUACUCAGCUUAAAAAUUGUCUGUUUAAUAGUUGCGCUGUAGUUUUUCUUGUCUUUGUUACUGACUUUAUGAUUGCUGAAAGAUGUUGAAAAACAUAGGUAUCUACAUUGUGUUCCAGCUCUUAAAGAAGUCUAUUGAACUGUAAUUGACGUAGAGGGGUAAGAACAAAUCCUAUAGUUCAGGCCAUGUAGCUACUGUAAUCAACAAGUCAUGAGCAAGGAAGAAAUAUUAGUUUAACCAAAACUGCCCUAUUUACUGCUCUAUUUGCUAUUCACAAGUAAAGAUUUGUUCUAAAUUAUUUACAAUAAAUGCUAAAAGUUCUGUGCAUUUAUUACUGAUACAUUUUUGUCAUAUAUAAUUCACCAUGAAUCUUCAGGAUAGGGUGGGAUAAAAAUGGGAUAAGUAUGAUGUUUAUAGAUUGAAUACACAAAGGCCUUUUGUGCUAGUUGUUAUUCAGAAUGGUCUUAAUUCUUGCAAUAGCGUUCUUAACAUUGUUUUAGAUUUUCGGAAGCAGAGCCGAGCCUCAGCUUGCCCAAAGCAAUGUAAUAAAUCUAAGGAUUUACAUGUUGUUCAUAUCCAGUUCUUUAGCCACAGGAGGACACUGAAAGCUCAAUCCUUCAGUUCAGUUCAGUUGAAAUACUAGAACUCAUUUCACACAACCAGCACAGUUGUGAUAUGACAACUGUCCCCUCCAUCAGGCAUGAACAAAGGCUGUGAUAAGUGGUUUAUCUGAACAUUAAGCCCUAAAUAUUGCAUGGCAUGCCACUGUUUAUCAUCCAAAUGUGGAUUCCAGCACAUUUCUGUCUGGGUUAAUAGCAAAUGAUUCAGACAACAUGUUCAGCACAAAUGUGGCUGAAUCUGGGUUGAGAUUAAAAGUUACCCAAGUUAAACAACGUAAGUGUGAACAAGUUCAUUUAUUUCAAAGGCUUAAAUCCAAGUGAGCACACUAAAAUGUGUUUCCCUUUAGCAUUUUACUUUGACUGUUUGUUGUGUAUGUUUUAUUGAUUCCUUAACUUAAGAAAGUGCUUCUUUGAGGCACAACACAAAAGAAAUUCUUACGCAUGCAGUGGUUCUCAGGCAGCAAUCACUUGAACUAGAAAAAACAGCAGAAGAACUACAAAUGAAAAUUUAUUAUUUUAAACAGGUAAAAUGCCUUUUAAAUUCCAUGCUAUGUUACCAUCUGCUAAAACACUACUAUAUCACUCACAGUUGCUAAAGAUAUAUUGCAUUAUUUCAAGCUCUGUUCCAUAGUUGGUAAUUAUUGUGUUCUUACUAUUUUAAGAUGACAAAAUGGGAUUUCCUCAUUUCCUCUGAAGCAUUGUGGAUGAUACCCAACCCACACAUCAGAUAACAUAAUCACCCAAGGUCUCUCAUUUCACUCAGAUCUAGCAAAUCCUGACCCCCCCCCCCCCCGAUGCAGUUCCUUGUUCCUGAUGCUCUCCACCAGUUCACCUCUCAACAGAGCCCCACUGCCUCCCAACUCCCACAAAUUCAAAAGAAAUAUCUUCAUCCUAUGUUAAGCACCUGACAGGAUUUUAGAAUCUGACAGGUAACAACAGACAUGGGGGGGGGGCGGAGAGAGACUGAAGACCCAGCUACAUAGUGGUUGACUGAUUAGAAGUUAAAUAAAGGAACUGAGAGAUAAUAUAUAAAUGUCAAUGAAAUUUCUUUGUUGUUGCCAGGAAAACUUUACACUACAUUUUAUUGAAGACACUAAUAGCUCCAGCUACAAUUCUUUUUCCUUUAUCUUUUGAGUAUGUAGGUCACCAUUAUUGUCCCCUAUUGCAGAUUUGGGGCAGUAGCUCAGAAAUAGUGGCUUGCCUAAGGCUACCCACAGAGUUCAUGGCUGAGCAGAGAUUUGAACCAUUUCACUGCUCAGUGUUCUGGUUUCUUUCUCUUUCUCUUUCUCUUCAAUCAAUGUAAAAGAAAGGCCAUAUUGCCAUGUCAUAUUCACACAGUCACAAGCAGCAUAAACACCCUCAUUUCAGUCACACACAUACCUAUAGCAAUUCAAAAGAACCCUUUCCCUCUUGCCAGAGUUGGAAUUAAAAACCACCUAGCAUACCUCCCCUUCAAACGCCUAAAAUCCUGCAUCCUAUUCACAAUGUAGUCUGAUCCAUGCAUUAUUAUUGAACAAGGAGAACUGGUCAGGCUAGGUCAGCUUUUUAAAAUCUGUAUAUCAGUUCCCACUAAAAAGUCUGAAAGGUUCUGCAUAGUCUAGUGUCAUGCCACACAGUAGCACCUGUAAAAAUAUUGUACGUGUCAGGCAAAGUAUGUUGUACAUAGCAUUAUUAAUAAAUGUAUGACCUGGCGUGCUCUGGUCCAUGGGGUCACGAAGAGUCGGACACGACUAAAUGACUAAACAACAACAAUGACUUGGGCCUCAGGCCCAUAUAGCUUUUGAAGAACUGGAUUCAGAGCCUUUCAAUCCCUUUCAACAGGGUUCUUUAUAGCACUUGCUUUUCUGAACAUACCCCAUAGAGAUCUAAGAUUGGUUUUAUAUGUUCCUCAAGCCUCCACAAGGGUGGAGGACCACUUAAGACUUCCAGAGACUAAUGCAUCAGGUUAGUUGCCAGACUGGGGAAGUAUUCAGCUGGCUGUAUACUACUGUCCAUUGCAGGCAUAUUCUGCUGAUUCUACUAUCCAUAAGCUGUAGUGGUGGACUUUGGAACUCACUUAGGCUACAUAUGCAACAUAUAUUUAAUGCACCCACCCACAGAAUCCUGACAAUGUUAGUUUGUUAAGGGUGCUGGGAAUUGUAGCUCUGUGAGGGGUAGACUACACUUCCCAGGAUUCCUUUUAUAGGGUGGGAGCAAGAAAUGUGCUUUAAAUGUAUGGUGUGUACACAGACUCAAAUAGUGGGCGCAAUAGCCCCUAGAACCCUUUCCCUCUUGCCAGAGUUGAAACAUCUUUGUGGAUUACUAGGUAGCUACAGGCAAUGAGACAGCAGAAACAAAGAUAAGAGUGCAAAUGAAGAAAAACAUCUGAAAAUUUCAGCCAAAACAGCAUAGAGCCCAUUUGAAGGCUUCUGUGGUGGUGAUAGAGAGAUGACCUUUCCUAAUAGGUUGUUGUCUUAAAACUUAAUAAUUUUUUUUGUAGUUUAGAUUCUGAUUUUAAUAAGUUUAAAGAAAUGUAAUAGAUCCUGUCAUGCCCUCCCAUGAACAAAAGGGCUCCUUUCAUUUACAGAAGUGAUUGCAAUCUGACAGAUGAAGGUGAUUUUUACUAGUUCCCUGUAGCCUCCCCACCUUCUAUACUGCUUCAGAGGUUCCCACAACUCUCAAUAACAGAUUCAUAGUGGGCUAUGUGCAGUAGAAAGUGGGAAUCAGUGAAAAUUGCUUCCCUUUCUUUUGUCAGGGCACGUGUUCUCCUGUGAGUAGAUCAAGUUCUGAAUCUAAGCUACUGUAAUUGAUUCCUUUUUUAUUUUACUAUUGGUCUAAGUCAUUCUGAGGGCUUUUUAAGGUGGAAAGGUGCCAUUAAUUAAACAAGGGCAAGCAGAGAUAGACCCUUGGGUUUCUUGGGUUAGUGUAGACAAGUCAUGGAAAAAUAAGACUGCCUUUCUAUGCUGGAAGCAACUUUACAACUUUUAAGGAACCACCAGAUUUUUCAGUGAAGCCUAUGGGGUGCCCUGUAGUGCAUAAUAAAAGAGGGGCAUUGUAUUAAACAUAAUGCUACAGUGAAUAUUCUGUUAGUGCAAGGGUUUUUCCCUUUGUGGUAGAAGAUUCUGUCCCCGUCUCCUCAUCUCUGUACUCCCUAAAUCUAUUCUGGGGGUUCCUCCAAUCCAUGAGAGCGGGGGGGGGGGAAUCCCCUUAAACUAGUGCUAAUCCUUGAACUAGUACAAGAAGUUAGUUGAAUACUGUCCAUGGAUACAGUUAUAUCAUUUGUUUAUAUAAUUUUUCUUUAGCAAAUUGAAAAGAUUAAAGAAGAUCAACACAAUCCUGAAGUGAUAGAAAAGGAAAAUGCAAAAGAUCUUGAAGCAAGGAAAGCAUCUGAUGAAAGGCAAUAUUUUAAAAUUGAUUUUAUCACACAUAAACAAGUCCCGUAAACUGUAAUGCUAUAAUCCUAUCUAUAUAAACAUUCAGACAUAUCUGCACAACAAACAUAUAUCAUGUUUAUACCCCUUUAACUGCCUAGGCUUUCCCUGAAGAAUAAUAGGAGCUGUAGUGUUGGAAGAUUGUGCAGAUUAUAUUGUAUUGAUUCCUUACAUUAUCUUGUAUGUGAGUCCCCCUCCCCCAAAAAAUAACACUAGAGUUCCCAGAGGAGAGGGAAUAGUUAUUGUCAGUGCUCUAUAACAGUAGAAAGUAGCUCCUGCAUUACUCUAAUGUCAGUGCAGAUCUUCUGAUCAGCACUUGAAUAAGAGGGGCUAGUUCUGAACUGCCAUUGCAGUUGUAGUUGAGAAUAGCAUUGCCUUUAUACCUUUUUAUCAAGGAAGAAAUAUUUAUUUUAAAAGCUUUAUCUCUAUCUUAAGAUACUUUACUGAAGUCUAAGGGUGCAAUUCUGACUUCACUUAAAUAUUUGGCAAAUCUCCCAUUGAACUAAGGUUGCCAUAUUUCAAAAAGUGAAAAUACAGAUACAGAAGUUGUUGAGGUUUUUGUUUUUUGUUGUGGUGGUGGGUUUUUUUGCAAAGAUGCUGAGCUAUUCUUAAGGAAUUUUGCCAGAAUCUACACUUCUGACAUUGGUUGCCAUACGUCUGGAUUUUCCCAGACAUUUCGGCGAUUUCUGCCCAGGCACUGUUUCCGAUGGCCAAAUUCCGGUUAUGUCUGGGAAAUUCUGGACAUAUGUCAACCCUAUAAUAUACAUACUGUGCUACCUUUCUGCAUUUAAUGUCACAUGUCUUUGUUUUAUUGCAAUUAAUGCAAGAUCCUCUAUACUGCAUUUUAGGAUGGGGAUUUUUUUUAAAAGGAAGGUAGAGGGAUGUAUUAAAUGUUUUGUCCCUAUAUGGCUCAAUGUUACGUUCUUUCUGUUCUAUAAUUUGUCAUGUUUGUGUCAUGCCCAUUGGCAGGUAUUACCCAGCAAAUAUAUUAUAAUGGAUUCUAGCUUAGGCAGAGAAGGUACAUCUUUUCAAUGUUUUGUCCUUUACCUCAUUAAACCACCCCUGACCUUUCCAUCUCUCUCUUUUUUUGAAAAUCCACUCACCUUGUUUACUGUUUGCUUUCAUUGUAGCUUUUUUCUUCUUUCAGCUUGUUCAAAGAGAGUCACCAUGUGUUAAAAGAGAAACGUCAGAUGUAUGAAUCAUUACAGCUUCCUAGCAUUUGUCAGAAAUUAGUCCAAAGUUUCUCAACUCUGAAGCCAUUGUUUCAGCAAACGCAGAGAGGUAUAAUUUAUAUCUGUAAAGAAAAUAUUUUGAGGUUUCAUUUUUAGGUAAGGAGUAAUGUAGAUGUUAAUUAUCCCAUAGUAAGCAGUCCCUGCCACAUCUGAGGGGGACUCUGUGCAGUAGACACAAUCAUUGUAUGGGCACUAAUGUUUCUGAAAGCAUACAUAUGAUUAUUAUUGGGUGGGUGGGUGGUGGGUGGGUAUUGUUUUUGUUUGUUACUUCUUGUUGGCAUAUGUCUGUCUCGAGAAACGAUGGAGUGCUGCUGGAGACAAACUGCUGUGUUAGCACCGACAUGACCUCCCCAGGGCACAAGCGUGGGCAGUGUGUGUAUGGCAGUCUUGGGCUGCCCAGAUGACAAGAUCCUCCCCCUCUCGGUCUUACUGAUGUGGUCCAAAGAAAAGCAGAGCAAUACAUUUGGCACCAGCUUGGCUGCAGGAGUUGCCAGAAGGAGGCAUACAAGGUGCCAUCCAAUUGUGUUAAGGACUCCAGAUUUGUGUAGGGUUUACUCCUUAGGCUUUUCUUCUUCCAAAGAUAUCCUGCAAGGCAGUGGAUGUUUAGGACCAGAGUUUUUCUUCUCCUAGAUGGGCUACCUUUCCAGGUUGAUGAGCCCCAUCUGCUCCUCGGUUCCCUCUACAGCAUGUGCAGAAACUGCCUUCUUGACCAUUGGACCCACUAUUGGUCUCAUCCGCUCAAUCCACCACAGCCUGUCUUCGCAUGCAGGAGAAGUCUGAGGCUCAUCAGUUAUCCUCACCUGGUUUAGCAGCUAUGUUUUUAUAUUGUAAACCACCCUAUGCUUUGCAGUUAAUAAUAAUAAUGUAGAAUGAUCACAAUUGUUAUAUAGGCAAAUGCAUCAGUGUGUUUUCUGUACUCUGAAUUGCCUACACCAAAGGUAACAGAUAUAGUAUUGAGAGACUUUUCCACAUAAUACUUUGUGCCAGUUCUUCUCAGCAGUCAUCCAUAUAUAUUUUAAGAAACUGGUAUAUUUGUCCUGAAGUUUGUUAUCUUCAAGCUGAUAGCUUUCUGAUUACCUUCAUGCUGUUUAUAAGCAUUUAUUGUCAAUUUUGUUUUCAGUUGUUUAAUAAUAAAGCUAAAUUGUGUAAUGGCUAAUUAUAUCAAACUGCCAUUAAAUAAUAUAGGUAUGGAAGUGAGAAAAGAUUCUGCAGGACAUUCAGCAGUGACCAGUAUAUACUUCAGCCAUGUAGAAAAUGAAAGACAGGUAUGCAAAUGGAAAGCAGGUGAGACCAGGGGCAAGACAGGAGCAAUUUUUUGUAUCUAUUGUUUAAAAGAUGAUUUGAUUUAAAAGAAGCAGUCAAUUUUCACAUUGUAGCAUUCUACUUAUAUAUAAAACCAGCAACAGAAAAACAAAUCUAGAUGUCUAAAUGUUUUAUUAUUAUUUUUGUAUUGCUUCAUUUAUGUGCCACCACAAAAACUAAAGCCAUAAAGAUACAGUAGGAUAAAUACUAAAAUAAAAACAAAACAUACAAAAACAAUCCAAGCAAACAACAGAGCAACAUUUUUUUAAAGCUUCUGGAAGAGAUAGGGUUUAUAACUUCACUGAAGCUAAACACAACUCAGGGCCAUGUCUCAGCUGUAAAAGGUACCAGGUUCAAUAGUUGAUAUCUCAAUGUGGGACUGGAAAAGACUCCCCUCGGAAACUCUGGAGAGUUACUACCAGUUAGUGUGGAUAAUAUUGAGCUAGAUGAACCAGUGGUCUGACAGAAUAAACAGUGUCCUAAGCCCUUAAAGGAGGCCAUUCAGUUCCAGCAAAAGACCCUUAUCUUCACCUCCGAUGUCCCCAUUUAAUAUAAUGCAGCUAUAUGGAGGAGGACUCCACUGAUACAGAUUCUUUUUAUUUUACUUCCGUAUAUUUCUCACCUUUCUUCUUUCCUGGAAUCCAAGGCAGAGUGCAUGUAAUUCCCAGGUAGUCAUAUAUGGGCACAGACUGAACCCAGAUCUGCUCAGCUUUAGCAGAAUGGUGGCCUCGUGCCUUUAGCCUAUACAGGCUAUGUAACAGGCUUAUAUGAGGAAGGGUGAUUUCUGAGAUAGAUUUGGUCUUAGUUUGUGAAAAACCUAAAAAGUGAAAAACAGCACUUUGAUUUAGAUUUGGAAGCUAAAUGGUAACCAGCACAGUAGCCACAAAAUAUGUUCUCGCUUCCAACAUGAGGUGAGCUUCAGGUUCUCUCCCAGCCCUACCUGGAGAUGCCAGCGAUUGAACCUGGGACCUUUUACAUACAAAGCAUGUACUCAAUUGCUGAGCUAUGGCCCUUCCAUAGUUGAUCCUAGAAGCAUGGCGUUACCAGACACAAUCCUUCUUCUCUAGAGAGGGGCACAAGCUACAUCUAUACAGCCAUCACCUUAUCUUAGGUAUUUUUAAUGCAAAACAAUAAAAUGCAAAGUCACUGAUUCAGUGGGAGGUGUUACACAACCAGAAAAUUUGUUCUGCCUGUUCUUCCCCUCCCAAAAAUUGCAGGGCAAUCUCACCUAUCUAUCCAGACAGGACUAUGCAUAUGGGUCUGGCCCUGAGUCAGAGACUCCAUGCAGAUAUACAGCAAGAAACACAAUUCACCCACCCAGUCUACACCACUACUACACUGGUCCAUCCCAUUCUUCCCAGCUAACAAGGUAUAGGUUUGAUAGAAAGGGAAAGAGCUCUACAAACCCUGAUUCUUGUAAACCACUUAGAGGCUUUGUUACAAUUAAGUUGUACAUAAAAUUAAAUAAAUAAAUAUGUUUUUCAUCCUUUGAUAUAGACUUAUGUGAUGCCAAUAAGCAAUUUGAAGUUCCAUUGACUUCAGUGAGAGAAAUAUAGGUAGUCUCUUAAUUCUGCCAGAAAAAUCAAUGGAACUUGCAAGUGUUUAAGUUUGACUUCAUUGUGCCUUUGUUUUCAUAAAAUCAUAGAAUUGUAGAGCUGGAAGAGACCAUGAGGGUCAUCUAGUCAAACACCCUGUAAUGUAGGAAUCGCAACACGUGGUUCCCCCAUCCAAUCUGAAACAUACCAGACCCUGCUUAGCUUUGUAAAUGUGCUAGCAGUUUUAAUGCUGUACCACUAUGUGGUUCUUCAGCAUGCCAGAACAAUGUUCUACAUCCUUUUCUUUUGACCUUCCUUGCUAUAAAUAUGCAUUGUCUUUCCCUUUUAAGAGUACAUCAACUCACACUAUAAUGAGGUCUCCUAAUAUAUUUCAUAUAAUAGGUAUAUAUCAGAGUUUGUUUUUGAAAGCCUAAGUAAAAAGUAAAUGCUAUACUCACUUCAGUUAUACAGUAUAUUCUUUAUUUAACACAUAACAAAAAUGAGCCUAUUAAGUAAAUAUACAGCAAUGCAAAUUAAUUUAUUCACUAUAGCAAUUUUCUUUUAGUGUGUUUUUUUUUUAGGGAAACCAAAAGGACAAAUUGGAGCAGAUCUGAUGGCAGGAAAAAUAAUGUUUCAAAAUCAUGACCUGUAAAUAGAGGUCAAAAGAGCUGUAUUUGUACAGCCUAAGGAAAAGUCAACAUGUCUGAAUUUAUCAUUUUGUACUUCCCUUCAUUUGAAAUAUGUCCUCUGUUUUAGAAAUGUAAUGACACCAUAGGAACUAACAUAGCAAAAAAUGCCCAGCUUUCGUCUGUAACAAGCUUGCAAAACCAAACACCACUAAGGUAACUUUUAAAACAAAUCAUAUUUUCAUUAGUGAAAGUGUGGAUUAAGAAUCUUGCAUGAAGAUAAUGUUUUUGAAACAAACUCGUUAUCCUGUUUAUUGUCUUAGGUUGCUAUCUUAUCAGAAGCAAACAAACAACAGGCAGUGGUUUGAGGCUGAGGCUGCAGAAAUAGGUAUAAAAUGCAACUGAAACGUUAGAAUACAAAACACUUUAAAAUACUUUAUACAUAAUCAUAUAGCUAAAGAAAAGAAGAAAACUUCAUCCUGCUUAUUGACUUACUGUGUAAAUUACAAAUUGAAUAAAUUAGAGUUCUUGAUUUUAAAAUAAUGAAGAAUUGUGAACUUAUGGACGAUUAUGCCUAACAUUAAAUUGUGUCGCAACAACCACUAUGUUGGUUGAUGGUUAUAUUUGUGGUGGUGUUUCAUGGCCACAAUUACACACAGCAUAUGGGAUCAACUAAUUAGUGUCAGUCAUCAUCACUGCUUAAUCAGGAGCACUUGUCAUCAGCAAUUGCAGCAUUUUACAAAGUAGAUAAAGAAUAGAACUAUGAAUGACUUGCCUAUAUAGUGUAUUAAAGGUUUUCCAGUCAAUAUGGACCCACUUACACAGGAUACCUAUGCAGCCUUGUUUCUCAAUGUGCCACUUAUAGGACCCUUAUUUGGCCCUUUGAGCCUCAGUGUUGUUCCUGAACCCCUUUGCUUUUGUUUGUGGUGCCCAGAAUACCACAUUCCUCACAGGUGCAUGGAUCACCCCCCAGGGCAACAAAUCAAGAGGACUAUCUUGCAGUAUGUGGAACUGAAUUUCACUCUCAUGCUACACAUUGCCUUUAGAAUGAGGCUAAUGUAAGGGACAUGUAAGGGAUGGGUUAAGUGAUUUGUAGAAGACAUCAUCAUACUCUGCUGCUAAAAAACACAAAUAAACCAACUCUUAUGUUAGUAGAUCAAUGGUACCAACAGUGCUACUUUUGAAUAUUCUUUUCACAUGUGAUGGCCUGAUUUUUUUUUAAUGCAAGCAUUUUUUUCUAGGAGGAAAAAAGGUUGAGUAUAUGGAACGAGAAGAAGGAAACAGGACAGAGGAUUCUGCACAAGCAUUUCAAGUCCAUUUACCUUUAUUUUUGCUUUAUCUAUUUAUUUUUCUUAAAUAAAUGCCCAGAUAACAGUUUUUCAGUUCUAACAUGCUCUAUAAUGCAAUGUCAUUUGUAAGCUCUUCUGCCUGAAAGUAGAUGCAAUAAAAAGAAUGGUCCUGUUUUCACAAGGAGGGGCUAUGCUUGGUGAUAGAGCACAUGCUCCAAAAUGAUCAAUGAUAAGUUCAGCCAUGGAGGCUCUGCUCAAUGGUGCUGUUGCCCAAUGAGAUUUGACAGAUGAUGGCAUGUGAGGGCCUUUUCAGUGGUAGCCUCUAAGCUGUGGAAUGCUGCCCCCAACGAGGUGCAUCUUGCACCAACAAUGUAUAGCUUUUCUCAACAGGUCAAGAUGCCCCUCUUUGCCCAUGUUUUUAGUGGAGUGAAGUACUGUUUUUAGUGAUAUGUAACCCAUUUUAGGGAUCUUCAAGUGAAAGGAGGGUCAGAAGUUUAAUAAAUAAAAAAAUACUGAAGGCCCUAGAUUCAAUCCUUGGUAGGGAUAAGAUCCUGAUUGAAUCCCCGGGGAGCUGCUGCCAUUCAGUGUGCAUACAAAAUUGAGUUAGAACAAUGCCCUUUUAGCAUGGUGCAGCUUCAUAAAGUUCACACACAUGUUAGUGGUCCCCCAUUGCUCAAAUGCAUGGUUCGUAUCCAGCAGGAGCUAUCCAGCAGUAUCCAGCAGGAGUGUUCCAUAUCGUGGGCUCAGGCUUUUUUAAUUCAGCAGGCAUUUAAAGGCAGUACAGAAAUUGUUUAAAUAACUAAUCAAAUUUGUGUGUGAUGUCUAUAUACAGGUGAUUGAAGGGUUUUUUCAUUUUUUCACUUCCAUUAUAUAUGGAUGGAUGCAUGCAUACAUUUAAGAACGUUUCUUAUCCACCUUUACUAAUGUUGUUUUAAGCACAGCAGUCUUAUACCUGAUGAAUAUAAAAAUUGUUCUCUGUUUGAAAAGCCCCAAUAAGUGUGUCUUGGUGUUUAAACAGCUGUGAAUGCCAUAUAAACAUGGUCUUGUAUGUAAAAUUUCUCUUUAACAGGAUGGGCAGGCAACAACUGACUGUCAUUUUGCAGAAAGAGAAGACGAUGCUGAAAGCUAUCCCAGAACUCCAGAGCCUCACAUACUUCCAAAGACACCUACUUCUAGUAGGGUGGAAACUCCAUUGGAACUGUAAGGAUUCUUAGUUCAGAUAUGAGCUUUGUCAUUCUUCCACACUUUUGGAGUGAACACCCUACAAAGCCCAGAUUUUGACUGCUUUGCAACUUAACACCAAUUCCCACCCUCAAUUGCCAAUAAAUUUCUCCUCUUAUUUCUUUACAACAGAACUCCAUCAAAAGGUGAAGGAUCAAUGUCAAAGUCCCCUGCUUUUCCUUUCCUUUCUAGCUUUACUGCAAAGUCCCUUGGAUUUAAUUUCUUUGAGUCUUCUGUACUUGGAGCGGAAACUUCACUAGGCCAGGUAACAUUGAAUUUUCAAAAUGCAGAGCUGUGUGAGCUUGAGAAAUGUAUUCAUGAUGUAGUUAGUGUCAGACUAGAACUGAAAAGGUGCAGAUUUAAAUUCCCAAUCAACUGCAAACCUCAUUGGGUGAGGAAUGGAUAAAAGCUUGGAGGAGAAACCAUGGCUUCCACAACUAUGAGUUUUUUUGGAGAGCGAAGAUAUAAAUGUAAUAAAAUAAAUAUUAGAAACACAGCACGAAUAAUAAGUGUAAUCUGCGGGUAUAGCCAACCUAAUAGGCAUUUUCAUGUAAGGAUACAAUUCUGAAAUGCAAAGUUCAGAAUUUCUCUUUAGGGAUUGGUAUAGAUUCUUAAGCAAUAAUAAAAAACUAGUUCAUUGGGAGUCAUUUGCAAAAGGAUAACCCAAACUCUUUUGGAUGUCCAGUCCCCUGGGAUUUGUCUGAAAUUAGUGAUCUGUCCUUGGAAGUCACAUUCUUUUACCAAAGAUUGAGAAGAGAAGAUUUGCUUAAACAGGCCACAUACAGAAUUAAUAGCCUGUCAACCUGUAAAAGGGUGAUUACAAAGUUGCCUGUGACCUUCUCCGCAGAAUCUUCCAUGAAGUCUACCACUGACACCAGUCAGGUUCAAAUUAGACAUGCAUCUCCUUACCUGCCUCUCCUCCUUGAUGGAGUUGAGUUUUUCUUUUGUUACUUGUUUGAAAAGCAGCCUUGGUGACUCCAGUCAGAGAGUCCCAGUUCAUGAUAAACAUGGUCAUAUGCAUUUAGUUUUAAAAAGGUAAAGGGACCCCUGACCAUUAGGUCCAGUCAUGGCCGACUCUGGGGUUGCGGCGCUCAUCUUGCUUUAUUGGCCGAGGGAGCCGGCGUACAGCUUCCGGAUCAUGUGGCCAGCAUGACUAAGCCGCUUCUGGCGAACCAGAGCAGCACACGGAAAUGCCGUUUACCUUCCUGCCAGAGCGGUACCUAUUUAUCUACUUGCACUUUGAUGUGCUUUCGAACUGCUAAGUUGGCAAGAGCUGGGACCGAGCAACAGGAGCUCACCCCAUCGCGGGGAUUCGAACCGCCGACCUUCUGAUCGGCAAGUCCUAGGCUCUGUGGGGCUAACCCACAGCGCCACCCGCGUCCCUUGCUGCCUUUAGUUUUACUUGGAAGUAAAUUAUUAUUGCAUUUAGGAGUGGUAUGGCAAUCUCAGUCCUCAGGUUGCAAAACUAGUAAAAUGUAAUGUUUGCUUUUGAUUUGCUUUUUAACAUGCACAAAAUAAUAAAAAUAUUACAUUCAGGGUAUAAUCCUCCAUCAACCUACGUGGGAUUAAAGCUGAAUACAGUGAUAAUAAAGAGUAAACAUGCAUAGGAUUGCUGUGAACAUCUUAAAGAAAACGUAGCCAUGUCUUUACUUUGACUUCUGGAGCACUUGGUGGAAUUAAUGUCUCACUAGUAGAAGGGAUAACCCUUAGAAGUAACAUGCAUGGAGUUUAAUAACAAGGCUGGCAAAAAAGGCAAGUCCUUACAGCUAGGGUUCAUUUUUGGAAUUUCAGUUUCACUACAUCAGCAAAUCUCCUGUAGUAGUAUGUUUACUAUUAUUAUUACCUCCAAGCAUUUUAAGAACUUGGAUAAUUAAAACAUGGUGCUUUUCAAAUCCUGAAUUUACUAAUUUAUUGAUGAGUUUUCUAAUUAAUUCACUUAUAUAAUGAAUAUUAUGUUUCAGUUAGGUGAAAGAGUUUCUGCUGGCAAUUUAAAUCCUACUUCAUUACACAAAGGUAUUGGUAAGCUUUUACCAUGAAAUGUUUUGUCAAUUGUCGUUGUUUAGUCGUUUAGUCGUGUCCGACUCUUCGUGACCCCAUGGACCAGAGCACGCCAGGCACUCCUGUCUUCCACUGCCUCCCGCAGUUUGGUCAAACUCAUUCUGGUAGCUUCGAGAACACUAUCCAACCAUUCGUCCUCUGUUUUGUCAAUAGCUUCCAUUAAUUCACAUACAGUGGUGCCUCGCAAGACGAAAAGAAUCCGUUCUGGGAGUCUCUUCGUCUAGCGGUUUUUUCGUCUUGCGAAGCAAGCCCAUUGACGGGAUUAGCGGAUUAGCGCUAUUAGCGGCUUUUAGCGGCUUUUAGCGGCUUUUAGCAGCUUAUCAGCUUAUCAGAUAAGCAGAUAAGCGGCUUAGCGACUUAGAAAAAAGAGGGGAGAAAGGAAAAAAAAACCCCCAGGAACUCGCAAGACAUUUUCGUCUUGCGAAGCAAGCCCAUUGCAGAUUCGUUUUGCGAGGCACCUCCAAAACGGAAAACUCUUUCGUCUAGCGAGUUUUCCGUCUUGCGAGGCAUUCGUCUUGCGGGGCACCACUGUAUUGCUGAUAGGCACCCAGUAGCUUCAUUCCUUUAACAAAAUGUUUAAAUUGGAUUCACACGGUAUCAUAGAGCUUCACACGGUAUCAUAGAGCUCUUGGGCUUAGUGGUUUCUGUCUAUCCAUUCCACUUGCUCUUGUGAUUUGUUAAACUUUAAUUGUUCCAGCCAACUCUCACAGCAAUUUCAUUCACUCUUUUCAAGCAGUGGUCUGAAUAUUUGAAAUGUAAGGGUUCUUUGAACACUGUCAGUCAUGAAAUCCUGGCCUUUAAGAGCAGUGGGACAAUAUCAGAAUCUGUGUUAUGUCUAAUACUAUUUUUUUUUUUAGUAUUCAGGCCAUUUUUAAAAUAAUGUAAUUGUAAUUAAUCUCCAGUAUUUUUUAUUGUAUUCCUUAUAAAGUCAAUUCAAAUAUUAUUCCCUUCAAGGAAAUUUAUUUAGGAAAAGGGAGAAUGAUUAUUCAUUUGCAUUUUCUUUUUCAUCAUGCUCUUCCGGUCAAGCUUUUCAAGAUGAGAAAGAUGACAUCAGUUUUCCUUUUCCAGUUGGAUCAUUCCAAGGCUUUCAAUCCUUCCAAUUUUUUUUUUGCUUUUUAGAAAUUGUUCCUUAACUGGGCUUAGAGUUCCUGUGCUGUGAAAACACUCUCAGUCUCCUGACCUACCAGGGUUUGCUAAUUAUAUAGCUGUGAAGGAAAACUUCAUACUGGUUAUCCACUUAUUGCAUGAUUUACAAACUGCAUAAAAUAGAAUUCUUGGUUUUAAAAACAUGAAGACUCAUGAUUGUUUGGACUGCUGUGCCUAAAAAUAAAUAAAUAAAUUUUUAUUUAAAAUAUAUAUUAUGUUGACUGAUAGUUGAAUUUGUGGUAAUGUUCCACUGCUGCAAUCACACACAUGUGGUAUCAGCCAAUUAGAGUCUGUAAUCACUGCUUAAGUGGAAAAAUCAGCCACCACCAAUUACAGUAUUGUGCAAAGUAGUUAAAAAAAUAGACCUGUGAAUGAUUUGUUUAUAUAUGAUGUUAAAGGUUUUGCAACUAAUAUGGAUGCACCUACAGAAACCAUCUUUUUUCUUCUUCUAAAUAUGCUACUUGCAGGCCAAAUUCUUCAAGUUUCUCUGGUCAUUUGAGCAUCUCUUCAGUAUAGUUAUUGUACCUCUUUGCUUUUGUUUGUAGUGCCCAGGAUACCCUAUUACUAACAGGUGCACAGGUCAGCCCCCGGUACAGUAGAUCAAGAGAUGGAUUAUCUGUUUUAUUGCACUGCACUGCCUUUAGGUUGAGGGUAUAGGCUGAUGUAAGGGACACCAUGAUGGAUUAAGUGAUUUGUGGAACAUACCAUUAUGCUCUCUGCUCCUAAAAAAUACAAAUAAGCCAACUCUUACAUUAGUAAAUUUAUAGUAUGAAGAGUGCUACUUUUGAAUAUUAUUUUCACAUGUGAUGAGCUGAAUUAUUUUUAAUGCGAACAAUCUUCUCUAGAAGGAAAAAAGACUGAAUAUGUGGAACGAGAAGGAAGCAGAUCAAACGAUUCUGCACAUGUGUUUCAAGUCAGUUUAACUUUAUUUUUGUUUUUUCUAUUUAUUUCCUUCAAAUUCAUGCCUGGUUAGCACAGGUUUCUGCAGUUUUAUCAUGCUGUAUAAAUGCAGUGUCAUUUGAAAUUAAUCUUUUACAUGUGAGCUCUCCUGUUUGAAAGUAGUUGCAAUAAAAAAUAAAGUGUUUUCACAAGGAGGGGCUAUAUUUGGUGAUGGAGCACAUGCUCUAGAAUGAUCAAAGAUAACCUUGGCCAGGGAGGCUCUUUUCAACGGUACUGUUGCCAAAUGAGAUUUGACAGAUGAUGGCACGUGAGAGGGCCUGUUCAGUGGUAGCCUCUAAAUUUCAGAAUGCUACCCCCUCCGAAGUUAAUCUUGCAGCAACAUUAUAUAGCUUUCCUCAACAGGUCACUUUUAGUGGAGUGGGCUAAAGUGCUAUUUCUUGUAAUUUGAUUCAACUCACACCUACUGUUUCAUUGUAUUUUACAGUAUUUUACAGUGGUUUUAAAUAUUGUGUUAUAUGUUUUAAGUGACAUGUAACCCACUGUAGGGACUUUCAAGUGAAAGCCCACCCCCACCCCGAUUCAAUGCUUGGUAGGAAUAAGAAAAAUCCUGAUUGAAGCAGUGGAGAACUGCUGCCGCUCAGUUUGUAUACAAAAUUGAGUUAGAUGGUAUUUUAGUCCAGGGCAGCUUUAUAAAGUUCACACACAUGUUAGUGGUCCCUGUGGCUCAGAUACAGGAGCUCUGUGUUCUGUAUUAAGGUUCCAAUUUUGUAGAACAUCUCUGCAGCCGAGAUCAGACAGUCCUCCCUCCUUGUUGAUAUUCUUUAUUUUAGCAGAUAUUUUAAAGUGAUUCUGAUUUUGUAGUCGUCUUUCAACUGAUAAGCUUAGAGAAAACUGUAAUCAAACAUUAUAUUGUUAAAUAACUCAUCAAAUGUCUAUAUGUGAUGUCUAUAUACAGGUGAUUGAAUUUUUCACUUUUCACUUCCAUUAUACGUAUAUGGAUGGAUGGAUGCAUGCAUACAUUCAUUUAAGAAUGUUUCUUAUCCCACCUUCACUACAGUUGUUCCAAAAUUGGCAGUCUUAUGCCUGAUGAAUAUAAAGAUUGUUCUCUUUUUGAAAAGCCCCAAUAAGUAUGUCUUGGUGUCAACACAGCUGUGAAUGCCAUAUAAACAUGGUCUUGUAUGUAAAAUUUCUCUUUAACAGGAUGGGCAGGCAACAACUGACUGUCAUUUUGCAGAAAGAGAAGACGAUGCUGUAAGCUUUCCAAGAACUCCAGAGUCUAACAUACUUCCAAAGACACCUGCUUCUAGUAGGAUGGAAACUCCAUUGGAACUGUAAGAAUUCUUAUUUCAAAUAUUGUUAAUGAGCUUGUCAUUUUCCAGAGCACGUGGUAAAAGACUCUACCAAACCUAAUUUUGGGAUGUUUCCCAUUUUAACACCAAUUCCCUCUCCACCAUUCUUACUAAAUUUCUCCUUUCUUUACAACAGAACUCCAUCAAAAAGUGAAGGAUCAAUGUCAAAGUCGCCCGCUUUUCCUUUCCUUUCUAGCUUUACUGCAAAGUCCCCUGGGUUUAAUUUCUUUGAUUCUUCUGUACUUGGAGCGGAAAUUUCACCAGGCCAGGUAAUAUUGAAUUGCCAACAUGUAGAGCUGUGUGAAGUGAUCAGCUUAUUCAUUACUAAAAUAUGGUGCAGUCAGUGUCAGACUAGAAGUGAGGAAAUUUGAAUUUCAAUCCCCAAUCAACCACAAACUUUCUUGGUUGAGGACUGGAUAAAAGGUGAAUAGGGGAAACAUGGUCUCUACAACUGUGAACUGUAGUAAGGAUAGUGUUCAGAAAUGCAAAGUGGGAUGUUUUCUUUAGGGACUGGUAUGCCUGGCGUGCUCUGGUCCAUGGGGUCACAAAGAGUCGGACGCGACUAAACAACAACAACAUAGCUUUAGAAGCAAUAAUCGGAACUAGUUCAUGGGGAGUCUUCUGUAAUUGAAUAACCCCUACCUUUUUGCAUGUCCAGACACCUGGAUUGUGCCUGAGAUUUGUGACAUAUCCUUAGAAGUAACACUCUUACCAAGACUGUCACAAAACAUACGGCGUUUGAGAAGAGAAAUUUUGCUUUAACUUGCGCUGUGCAGCAUUUCCCUUAAUAGCUGGUGAACUUGUAAAAGGAUGCUUACUAAUUUAUUGCUUGGUUUUGCAAUUAAUUCACUUAUAUAUAUUAUGUUUCAGUUAGGUGAAAGCUAUUCUGGAAAUUUAAAUCCUAUUUCAUCACACAAAGAUAUUGGUAAGUUCUUACCAUGAAAUAAAUUGUUUAGUCAAUAGCUUCUCUUACUGCAUAUAUUGCUGAUAACAUGUGUGCUGAUAGCCACCCAACACCUUCCCUCUGUGGGCUUAGAUGAUGAUGAUGAUGAUGAUGAUGAUGAUGAUGAUGAUAAUGGCUUAGAUUUCACUCUACACUUUUCACCUGCUUUUGAGAUUCGUCACGCUUUAGCAAUUCCACCUUUAGGAGUGAAUAUUUGACAUAAUUUCUUUGAACACUGUCGGUCAGAAAUUCUUGUCCUUUAUGAGCAGUAGGACAAUCUCAGAAUCCAUGUCAUAUCUAACUGAAAUAAUACUAUUCUUUGGCAAUUUUUUUGAAAUAAUGAAAUUGUAAUUAAUCUCCAGAAUUAUUGAUUGUAUUCCAUAUAAAGUCAAAAGUUAAUUCAAAAUAUUAUUCCCUUCAAGGAAAUUUAUUUGGGAAAAUGGAGAAUGAUGAUUCAUUUGCGUUUUCUUUUCCGUCGUGCUCUUCCGCUCAAGCUUUUCAAAAUGGGAAAGACGACUUCAGUUUUCCUUUUGCUUUUGGGUCAUCCCAGGCUGCCUCACUAAAAGGCUUUCAACCUUCAUCACAAAGCAGAAAGUCAUUUUCACUUUUUUAA